AUGUCAGAACUUCACAAAACAUACAAGCACGCCGACAAGGACGGCCACUUCCGGCGCAAAGAUUCAGUCUUCCGCUCCUGGGUAUCAGCUUCUCCAGACGCAGAAUUCCCGGCCGAGAAGGACCGCUACGUGCUAUACCUAAAUUACGGCUGUCCCUGGGCGCAUAGAACGAAUCUUGUGCGCUCGCUCAAGGGCCUCGAAGACAUCAUCCAGCUGGUAGUCUGCGACUUCGAGCUGGGGCCCGAUGGCUGGUUGUUCUCGAAGACCGGGCGCCACGGAUCCGCGAAGAAAGACCCGCUGUAUGGUUUCACGACAAUGAGCGAGCUCUAUUUCAAAGCGGACCCGGGAUACGAGGGUCGAUAUACGAUCCCUGUGUUGUGGGAUAAGAAGAAGGAGACGAUUGUGAACAAUGAGAGUAGCGAGAUCAUCCGCAUGUUCUACACGGAGUUUGACCACUUACUUCCUGAGGAGCGGCGCGAGGUGAACCGGCCCGGUGGCGGGCUGUACCCUGACCAUUUGAGGGAAGAGAUCAAUGCGAUGAACGAGUGGGUGUAUGACCGCAUCAACAACGGGGUGUAUAAGACGGGGUUUGCGACGACGCAGGAGGCGUACGAGGCAAACAUAAACCCGCUCUUCGAGGCCUUGGAUCGUGUUGAGAAGCAUCUCGCGCAGCCAGGACACCAGCCAUAUCUCUUUGGAGAGCAUAUCACCGAGGCGGACGUGAGGCUGUACACGACCAUCGCACGGUUCGACGUGGCGUACUACCUGAUCUUCAAAUGCAACCUGAAGAUGAUCCGCCAUGACUAUCCGCUCAUCGACGCGUGGUACCGACGGCUGUAUUAUGAUGACUCGGAGAGAACGAACGGAGGGGCUUUCGGGAAGACGACUUUCUUCGAUAUCUACAAAUUCGGUUACCUGGUAUCUCUCGGAAAGAAACAGGGCGCUGACAGUUCCCAGAUGGUUGUUCCUUCUGGGCCAAAGCCUGACAUCCUGCCUCGGGACGCGUAG